AUGGCGCUCAACCUCGAGAAGCAGCUGCUCUUCUAUGGAGCUUACCACAACAACCCGGUGAACGUUGCGAUUCACAUUACCUGCGUCCCGAUCCUACUCUUCACCGGGAUUGUCCUCGCAUGUAACUGCCCACCACUCGUGACGCCUCCCGAUGCCUUGAGCUUCGAGUAUCUCCCCGUCAACGCUGGCACAAUAGGUGCCUUUAUCUACGCCAUCUUCUACGUUCUCCUCGAGCCGGUCGCGGGUGGUCUGAUUGCGCCGCUGGUGAUCGGCUCCGCCGCCGCCGGCAACUACCUGCUCGGAACCCACGGCAUGAUCGUAAACUACUGGGCCGGCGGUAUUCACGUUGUAUCCUGGCUGGCGCAAUUCGUCGGUCACGGCAAAUUCGAGGGACGCGCCCCGGCCCUGCUGGAUAACCUGGUGCAGGCAUUGCUCCUUGCGCCGCUGUUCGUGUGGAUGGAGAUUCUGUUUUUCUUCGGCUACCGCCCCGAACUGAAGCAGCGAUUCGACAAGAAUGUGGAGAAGGAAAUUGAGAAGUUCCGCCGGGAGAAGGAGCAGAAGGGGAAGGAUGCCCAGUAG